GCAUUGUUUUUCUUGCUAUCAAAUCAAAUAAAUAACAAAUGCUGAUGAUCAUUAUUCUUGAAUGAUUUGUUGAAAUUUGAGGCAGAAAUGGACUAUAUAAAUGUGGGGAAUUUCAUAUCUUCUCUUAAAUAAACUUGUUGGUAGCAAUGGCACUUUCAAACGUGACACCGGUGUUAUUCCAUCUGAUUUGUUUGCUAGCUCACGCAAUAUCUGCAGAAGAUUGCCCUAAAAUGUUGCUAUUGGGUACGGAAUUCCCGAACUUCACCGCAAACUCCACCGAAGGUGUCAUCAACCUACACGAAUAUCUGGGAGACUCAUGGGGAAUCCUAUUCGCUCAUCCCGCAGAUUUUACUCCAGUCUGUACAACGGAGUUGGCUCGCGUGGUCAAGCUUAUGCCGGAAUUCGAGAAACGCAAUGUUAAGGUCAUUGGUAUGUCUCCUGAUAAAGUGGAGAACCAUCAGAGCUGGGCCAAGGACAUUAAGAUGUACGCUGGCGUCUCGGAGGAUAGCUCCUUUCCGUACCCGAUAAUCGCAGAUGAGGACAGAAGCAUCUCCAUCAAACUGAACAUGAUUGAUAUGAUGGAGAAAAACAAGGAGGGAGUACCUUUGACCGCCCGUGGCGUAUUCAUCAUAUGCCCCAAGAAGUUAUUCAGAUUGAGCAUCUUGUAUCCAGCAACUACUGGCAGAAAUUUCAAUGAAAUCCUGAGAGUUGUUGAUUCACUUCAGAUGACAGAUAAACACCCAGUGGCCACUCCUGUAGAUUGGAAGGCUGGAGAAUCUGUGAUGAUUCAACCUAGUUUGCCUCAGGAGAAGGCCAAUGAGUUAUUUGCAGGUACUCACACUGUUACUCUGCCAUCUGGAAAACCUUAUAUGAGAAUGGCACCCCAACCUGCUAUUCCGAAUUAGUUGUUUGAAUCCAAUUCUCAGUUUGUUGCUACUUAUUGUUUCAAUGUACGUUAAUUUUCUAUUUUUAUAACGUAUUUUGCUGUUACUACUUAUUUAUGUCUAUUUCAACAUAAAUACAUAUAUUUAUCUCGUAA